CCAAAGAUAAAGAGAGGCGGGAAAGACGAAAAAAAAAUUGCAAAUGUCGAUUCUCAGCAAUUUCGUCUUUCCCCCACCUCCGUCGAUCUUCACGUCGGCGAUGUCAAUGUUUUUCCUAACGGGGAUGGCGAUCUCGGGAGUCUUCGAGAUCGUUGGGCGGAAUCUCCGCUACUCCAAGUUCAUGGAUGUCGGUGACGGCGACCGUGCCGAGAAGCAGAUCAGGAUAUCAAGCAAAACAGGGAUGCUGUUCAUCUAUGCUCCAGCGAUGACUUACGCCGCCGCCACUCCGUUUCUGUUCUUCGGUCUCGUUGAUGGCAGUAGAGGCCUACUUGUAACGGCGGCACUCGCCAUCCAUUUUGCCAAGAGGGUUUAUGAGGUCUUAUUUGUUCAUCGGUACAGCGGGCAAAUCUUUCUUGAUUCUGCAUUUUCAAUAAGCUUGAGUUAUUUCCUUUCUACCGUGACAACCAUCUACGCCCAGCGCCUCACUCAAAAUAUGCCGGAGCCUGCAAUUGAUUUAAAAUAUGCAGGAGUUCUUAUAUUUCUGUUAGGGAUUUCCGGGAAUUUUUAUCACCAUUAUCUCCUUUCCAAACUGAGAUUAAAAGGUGAGAAGGUUUACAAGAUACCGAAAGGAGGUCUUUUUGAAUUGGUGGUUUGUCCUCAUUAUCUCUUUGAGAUCAUAGGCUUCAUAGGAAUAUCUCUCAUAUCACAGACCGUGUACAGUUUUUCUUUUACUCUUGGCACUGCUAUCUAUCUAAUUGGAAGGAGCUGUGCAACCAGGCAGUGGUACCUUAACAAAUUUGAUGAUUUUUCUAGAAAUGCAAAGGCCUUGAUACCAUAUUUAAUCUAAUGCCAUUUUCCAUUACCUCGAAUGCUCUGUAUUAGUUUUAUAAGGUUUAUUUGCAGUUGUAAUGUUGAAUUUAUUUUACUGUGAGUAAA